GCCCAAUUGAAGCUGCUGGUCAGAAACUUCACGUCGAGUGCGAUACGAGGUGUUGACUGCAGCAAGGUCGACCUGAAGACCGGCUCCAUACAGAAAGGCAGGUACACCAUCGACAGGUGGCUGCGCUUCCUAACUUUGGAAGCCGGACCUUCCUCGGAAAAGAUUGAGAUUGGUCGCCUGACCGAGGUGUCUCUUGCAAAGGAGCUUCCUUUGGACGGGCUUCCUGAUGGACUCGAAGCACUCAGGCCAUGUUUGUUGCUUCUUCGCUUCGCGGAUGCCACUGAGAUAGCCAAGGAAGUCGCCAUCUCAGAGGCUGACGAAGCGAGCUGCGAGACGUUUGUGACGUGCAUGAACAUCCUGCGACUCUAUGCCCAGGUGAACUCGUGA